AUGAGCGCAGAGGAAGAGGGCGCAACACCACGCGAACUCCUCCUCGAAUCAUGCCGCCGCAACAACGCCUCCCUCUUGACCUCCCUCCUCACGCCCUCAUCCCCUCAAUCACACCCAAGCCUAGCAUCACCACCGCAACGAGCCCAUUUCCUCAACACAACCACCGACGGCAUAGGUCAAUGUGCGCUUCAUGUCGCAGCUCUGAACGGCUCGUGCGAAGUACUGGACGUAUUGCUCGACCAGGAUGGGUUGGAAGUGGAUCCAAUCGAUAAGAUUGAGGGGGACACGCCGUUACACAAAGCCGUGAGGUAUGGGAAUGACGGGAAUGAUGAAGGAGGGGCCCUGGCGAUGGUGGAGAUGUUGGUGGAUGCUGGUGCGGAUAUACGGAUACGGAAUAAAGGCAAACUCAAACCGAUAGACUUGGUGGAGCGGCAUGUGCCAAAGGUGAAAGAGGUGCUACAGAAAGCCGAGGUUGCGCUAAUGGUCGCUGAUGAGGUCGCUGUGGACUCGAAGGAGGAGGAUGAGGGCCCGGCUGGGAGCGCGAGCGAUAGCGAUUAA